GGGGGCGGCGCGCAGCCGCCGCAGCGCUGCUGCUCUGUCCGCGCGAGUCCUCGCAACUGUCUCCGCGUGGCGCGAGCCUCGAGCCUCGAGCCUCGCUCUUCCCCCUGACGGCGGCGACAGGAGGAGCGCAGGCGAGAGGCGGCGGGCUCCAUGGAGAAAGGCGGACGCCGGGGCAGAGGCGGCGCUUCCAUCCCGGCACCCGGGCUCCAGUGACCCGCGCUCGCGUCCUGCACCGCGUCGGAGCGGCCGUCGGCCCCGGGACUAACCGGCCUCGCUGCCACUCCCCGCGCCGCCGCCUUUCUACCGGCGCGCCGAGCCACCGACUCGCCCUCGCCCCUACUCCCCGGCGGGGUGGCGGCGGCUGGGCCCCCUCGGCGGCGGCCGGAGCAGCCUCGGCAGCAAGAGCCCGCCUCUAUGAUGAAGUUCAAGCCCAACCAGACGCGGACCUAUGACCGCGAGGGCUUCAAGAAGCGGGCGGCGUGCCUGUGCUUCCGGAGCGAGCAGGAGGACGAGUGCUUCUCAGGCUGGAAAUACAUGGUCACGGUGGGUCUUGCAGGUGCUGUUGGUGAGUAGCAGUCGGUACCCAGACCAGUGGAUUGUCCCAGGAGGAGGAAUGGAGCCUGAGGAGGAGCCCGGCGGUGCUGCCGUGAGGGAAGUUUAUGAGGAGGCAGGAGUCAAAGGAAAACUAGGAAGACUCCUGGGUAUAUUUGAGCAGAACCAAGACCGAAAGCACAGAACAUAUGUUUAUGUUCUUACAGUCACUGAAAUAUUAGAAGACUGGGAAGAUUCUGUUAAUAUAGGAAGAAAGAGAGAGUGGUUCAAAGUAGAAGAUGCAAUCAAAGUUCUCCAGUGUCAUAAACCUGUACAUGCAGAGUAUCUGGAAAAGCUAAAGCUGGGUUGCUCCCCAAGCAAUGGAAAUUCCACAGUACCUUCCCUUCCAGAUAAUAAUGCCUUGUUUGUGACUGCCGCACAGACCUCGGGGUUGCCAUCUAGUGUAAGAUAGAGAGUUUGGGGAGGGCCUCCCCGACCAUGUGUGAUCUCUUGGGGAGAGGCUUCUUCACUUUCCUUGGCAAACAUCUGAAUGAUGCUCGCAACUGUCUGAAUUUGCCAUGCAGGGAUUUCAAACAAUUUGCAUGUUUUUCAGAUGCUUUCAAAUCUUCUUUUUAAAAAAAAAGUGUAAAAUAUUUUUAAUAAGCCAAAGCCAUGUGGAAUUUUUUUAGAUGCCUUAACUGUGCCCCCUCAUGUUAUUUUUGUCAUUUUUUUCCACAGCAUUUUUUUAGGGUUUUUGUUUUGAUCUGUCCAUUUGGCAUCAGUCUUUUAUCAGAUCAAAUUACUUGUGGGUAUGUUCCCCCUAAAUUGUUUUCUCAUUUGCAGCAUUAAUAUAGUCAACAAAUCUUUCUGUGGUGGGAAUUAAUGGAAAAUAUUCGUAGUAUUAAAGAAAUCCAUCCAUUCCAGAACUUGUUUCAUAGGAUAAGAAUUUAAAAUCAUAAAUUGCACAUUUGGACUGUCUCUGUAUGGUCCUUAACUGUUCGGGCAAAGGACUUCAAUUUGAUAUUUGGGAAAUUUGUCAACUCUUCUCUAAAUUUGCAUAAUUAGUAUUAUUAUGUUGCUGUCAACCUGAAAUGGCUAUUUUCCCUAAAAUUCAAUAGUAAUUUAACACAAAAUAUUACUCUAUAGUGAGUUGGUGAUUUUUACGGAAAUACUGUUAGCAAAAUGCAUGAUGUAGUAAAUACAUCUUAUCAUGAAGACAGUAUUCACGGAAUUUAUUUAGCAUGCUCAGUUGCCAAUUCCCUUUGUCAUUGAUCUCUUACAUAGAAUAUCUUGGAACCAUAUUUCCCUCAAUGUUAAUUGCCCUUAAAACAUUUUCAGUUUUAAUUUAGAUUUACCAAAAACCACAGGAUUAGAAUCUCACCUUCAGGGCCAAGUCAGUGAUGGCUGCACCACAGUGAAAUACAAAGGCCACCUUGCUGUUCAGCUGCUGUGGGCUUAAGAUUGUUAAGGCACCUUCAAAUGUCUCAUCUUUUUUAGGUUGUCAGUAAUUACUAUUUGUCAUAACUUUUGGGGCACUAAACACACCUGAACUAAAAAUUAUUUCAUCUUACCCUUUAUACUCACUUUAAAAAUCAGGCAUCCCAUCUAAAACAAAUAAGUACCUGGAUUGAAACUCCUGCACUUCCCCCAACAAGGUCAGAAAUAAGGGGAGAGGAAAAAAAAACACUUUUGUAAAUAUUGUAACUGGUGAGUAUAAAGUAGAAAAGGUAUAGUUAAAAUAUUUGCUCUCUAUAUAACUGCUAACCUUUAAAAAUAUAAUUGCUGCUAAAAAUAGAGCUCUUAUAUUUCAGGAAAAUUGGUGCCGUUUUGAAAAUGAGAUCUUGUGCCAUUAAAGGCAGCUGAACUAAAUAUAAACAUAGUUCACAAAUUAAUGCUGUCAACGGAAGGAGUAAAGUAGAAAAACUUAACCAGUGACAUUUUAUCCUAAAUUAUGUAGUAUAAUCAAAUGUGAUCAUCAGAAUUUUUAUAUUUUUCUUUGUACAGAGGUUAUGUAUUCUGAGUGUUUUUAAAAAAGGAAACAUUUUAAAUCCCACAGAUUUGUGUCAAUCACCAAUGGACUUAAGAUUUUUUUUCUCAGUAAUCUCUGAAAUUUGUUUAAAUUAUACACUUAACACAGCAGACAAACUGGAUUGUUUUUGUAUAUAAGACUGCUUCCACCUGAAAUGCUGUCAAGAGUACUUGGGGGGUUUAUCUUGUACAUGAUAUUCUUAGAGGUAAUAAUGCAUGAACUUAUUUUAUAAACUCUUGGACUAUGUAUUUGACAUGUAAAAAAUGUACAGUAUUAAUGUCAACCAUCUCUUAAAAGUUAGCCUAUAAAUAUUGUUGUAUAAUUUUCUUUGGUCAGAAACAUUUUGGUCUAAGUAGUGCCGUCAGGAUUUUCUUCAGUGCCAUUUAGCAAAACAUCUGUCAUUCACCUAUGCAACUAGCAAAAAUGUGUAUAAUACUACAGAGUACCUUACAGUUUCACUUUUAAAAUUUCUUCACUGUUCUUGUGGAACCUGAUCUAGCAAAAUUAGAGGAAAGCCCCAAGGAAAUUUACUUGAAAAGCCAACAUUUCCAGGUUAAAUAGUGGAAUCCACUACUAAAGAUAACCAGUAAAAUGUCUACCAUCUCAACCCUCCAAAGUUUGCAAGGUGUUGAGGCUGUUAAUUGUGCUUAUUUGUGGGGUAGUUGAAUAAAAUUGGGCACUUAAUUUUUCGGUUCCUUGUUCCUCAUGAAAAAGCAGUUACUGUAAAUUUGAUUUGCAGACAAAGUAGAAUCUGCCCUGCAUGUUGUUUUGUAAAGAUGACAUUUUUCCAUCCAAGCACAUGCUAUCCAAUUUCCUGUCUAUCACACUAUUGUAUAAAGAGCAGCAAAAACUGGAGGGGGAAGUAACUGCUGUAAACACUGAAUUGCUCUGCAUGGUCUUAUUUGAGAUAAUUGGUAUAAGAAUCUUGACUUUUUUAUAUUUGGAAACAUCAAAUAAAAAUGAAAACAAUC